CUUGUUUAUGAUCAACCCAUCCCAGCACGAUUCAAAUGUAAUCAAUUAUCUGCUAAACACUUUUUAAGCUUAUAAGCCGUUGAGUUCAACCAAACACCCCCUUAAUCUUGUCACAAAAAAUCAACGUUAAUUUAAAACGACUUUUCAUUAUCUUUUAUUUAAUGACUUCUUCUUUCUUCCUCGAAUUUUCCUCUUAAUUCAUGUUGCAAGCAUUACUUGUGUGCAUAUAUCUUGCAAUGCUUUGAAUACUUCAAUCCCACGCCUCUCUCUCUCUCUCUCUCUCGCAUGACAAAGUGGAGGUGAGAUGAACAACAACUUGAAGCUAGCAGUGGACGUUGUGCGAGCCCACAACCUCCUCCCCAAAGACGGCCAAGGAUCCUCGAGCGCCGCCGUGGAGCUGGUCUUCGAUGGCCAGAAGUUCCGCACCACCAUCAAGGAGAGAGACCUCAACCCCUUCUGGAACGAGACCUUCUACUUCAACGUCGCCAAUCCACUCGACCUCCACCACCUCACCCUCGAGGCCCACCUCUUCAGCAUCAACAAGACCACCGGGAAGAAAUACUCCCUCGGCAAACUCCGAAUCAACGGCACCUCCUUCGUCCCUCUCCCCGACGCCGUCGUCUUCAACUACCCCCUCGAGAAAAACGGCCUCUUCUCCUCCACCCGAGGCGAGCUCGCCUUGAAAGUCUACCUCACUGGUGAUCUUGCGAGCUCGCCUCUAGUCAAUCACCACGAAGCCUCCUCGACCUCGAGCCUGCAUUCGAUCCACGAUGAGCCAUCACCCCCUCGCAGGAACGAGGAGAAGGCGUCGUCUAGGCGCAGUUUGUACACUCUUUCUGGCACGGAUCAUCAUCACCACCCGCAACAACAACAACAACAACAACAACGAGUUUCUACUCCUUCAAUGCCAUCGUACCAGGCACCUCAAUUCAGUGCUAGUGAGAUGAGGUUCGAGCCUCAAGCAUCACAAUCUGCACGAAUGCAUCCGAACUCAUCAUCGUCUCAGCCGGCUGAUUUCGCGCUGAAAGAGACGAAUCCGGUCCUUGGAGGAGGGGGCCGGGUUAGGUCUUCCAGCUUGUACGAUCUUGUGCAGCCAAUGCAGUUUCUCUUCGUUCGUGUCGUGAAGGCGCGGGACCUCCCGUCCAAGGACGCCACGGGGAGCCUCGAUCCCUACGUCGAGGUGAGGCUCGGCAACUACAAGGGCGUCACGCGCCACUUCGAGAAGACUAAGAACCCAGAGUGGAACACUGUGUUCACAUUUUCAAAGGACAGGGUGCAGGCCACGGUUUUGGAAGUUGUGGUGAUGGACAAGGAUGUGAUCAAGGACGAUUUUGUGGGCCUGCUCAGGUUCGACCUCCACGAGAUCCCACGACGGUCGCCCCCGGACAGCCCAUUGGCGCCGGAGUGGCACCGUCUCGUGGAUAGCAAGGGCGAGAGAAAGCACGGAGAGCUGAUGGUUGCCGUCUGGAUAGGGACACAAGCUGAUGAGGCAUUCGCCGAUGCUUGGCAUUCCGAUGCCGCUAGCCUCGUUGACACCUCUGUCCCGUCCACGCACGUCCGGUCCAAGGUGUACCACGCGCCCAGACUGUGGUACGUGCGCGUCACCGUGAUCGAGGUGCAGGACCUCGUCGUGCAGGACAGGAACCGGUUCCCCGUCGUGCACGUGAGGGCCCAGAUCGGGAACCAGGUCCUGAGGACCAAGCCAGUCCAAUCGCAGACCACGAACGCGUCGUGGAACGAGGACCUCAUGUUUGUUGCAGCCGAGCCCUUCGACGACGAUCAGCUGGUGGUGUCGGUCGACGACCGUGUCGGCCCUAACAAAGACGAGACCCUCGGCAUGGCUUUCGUGCCCUUGACAACGGUCGAGAAAAGGGCCGACGACAGAGUGGUGCACUCGAGAUGGCUUCACUUGCAGAAGUCGAGUGCCACAGAUGUCGAGGGGCCCAAGAGGGAUCACUUUGCUAGCCGAAUCCAUCUCCGAAUAUGUCUCGACGGAGGCUACCAUGUUCUUGAUGAGUCCACGCAGUAUAGCAGUGAUCUCAGACCAACAGCAAAGCAACUGUGGAAGCCACCCGUAGGCCUGCUCGAGCUCGGGAUCUUGAGCGUGGACGCCCUCACGCCAAUGAAGACGAGAAACGGCCGAGGGACUUCGGACACGUUCUGUGUGGCCAAGUAUGGACAGAAGUGGAUUCGGACAAGAACUAUCACAGAUAGCUUGAACCCCAAGUUCAAUGAGCAAUAUACUUGGGACGUUUUCGAUCCGGCCACCGUUCUAACCGUUGGUGUUUUCGACAAUGGCUACUUUGGUGGUGGUGCCAAUGGCAAUGGCCACAGAGACCUCAAGAUCGGGAAGGUUCGGAUCCGGAUCUCGACCCUUGAGACGAACCGUGUUUACACGCAUUCGUAUCCGUUGAUCGUUCUUCACCCCUCCGGGGUGAAGAAGAUGGGAGAGCUGCAUCUGGCGAUCCGGUUCACCUGCACGUCGAUGCUCAACAUGAUGGCCUUAUACUCGAGGCCUCUUUUGCCCAAGAUGCACUACGUAAGGCCGUUAUCGGUGCUGCAGCUCGACGUGCUGCGCAUCCAGGCCGUCAGCAUCUUGACAGCGCGUCUGAGCCGGGCCGAGCCGCCUCUCAGAAAGGAAGUGGUGGAGUACAUGAGUGAUGCCAAUUCACAUCUAUGGAGCAUGAGGCGCAGCAAGGCCAACUUCUACAGACUCAUGGCGGUCUUCAACGGCAUCUUCGCAGUCUCCAAGUGGCUCAACGAGGUCUGCCAGUGGAAGAAUCCGGUCACGACGCUGCUGGUAUAUGCCCUCUUUGUCAUGCUGGUGUUCUUCCCCGAGCUGAUCCUGCCAACGCUGUACCUCUACAUGUUCCUCAUCGGGCUCUGGAACUACCGGUUCAGGCCGAAGAACCCGCCGCACAUGAACAUGAGGCUGUCGUGGGCGGACACCGUGACGAGUGACGAGCUCGACGAGGAGUUCGACACGUUCCCGACGGCUAGAAGUGGUGAUACUCUGCGGAUGAGGUAUGACCGUCUGCGGAGCGUCGCUGGCCGGGUUCAGAGAGUCGUGGGCGACGUGGCGUCGCAGGGGGAGCGGGUGCAGGCGCUUCUGAGCUGGCGGGAUCCCCGUGCCACGGUCAUAUUCAUGGCCCUCUGCAUUGCAUCCGCCGUCGUGUUCUAUGCCGUGCCUCUUCAGCUGCUGAUGAUGGCCGCCGGAUCCUACGCCAUGAGACCUCCCAAAUUCCGACGCAAGCUGCCUUCGCCGCCGCUCAACUUCUUCCGCCGCCUGCCUGCUAGAACUGAUAGCAUGUUGUGACCUGCCAUCUUCUUCUGCCUGAAACUCAUCAGACCUGUUAAUACUGUUUGUAUAUUUCUGCAUGUAAUUCAAGCUAAGUUCAUCACAUUCUUGGCAA